AUGGACGACCAAGCCCGGAUCAUGCAGUCUAUCGGCGGCGUGGGUCUGGCCGGCCACUCGUCUGGACGAGGCGCAAGCAAAAAACAGGAAACAUGGACUGAACUGUCACAGAAUGAAACCAGCACUCUUCAGCGUUUCUGUGUGAAAUCAAAGGAAAAGACAGGUCUCAGCAUCCGUGGUGCCCAGGAAGAGGACCCCCCAGACCCCCAGCUCAUGCGUUUAGACAAUAUGCUGCUGGCAGAGGGCGUGGCGGGACCAGAGAAAGGUGGCGGAUCAGCUGCUGCUGCUGCUGCAGCCGCAGCCUCAGGCGGGGCAGCUGACAAUUCCAUCGAACAUUCCGACUACAGAGCCAAACUCACCCAGAUCAGACAGAUCUACCACACAGAGCUGGAAAAAUAUGAGCAGGCGUGUAACGAAUUCACUACCCAUGUGAUGAACCUGCUCAGGGAACAAUCUCGCACACGGCCCAUCUCUCCGAAAGAGAUUGAGCGCAUGGUGGGAAUCAUCCACCGUAAGUUCAGCUCCAUCCAGAUGCAACUGAAACAGAGCACCUGUGAGGCUGUCAUGAUCCUACGCUCCAGAUUUCUUGAUGCCAGGCGGAAAAGGAGAAACUUCAGCAAGCAGGCGACGGAAAUUUUGAACGAAUAUUUCUACUCGCACCUCAGUAACCCCUACCCAAGCGAGGAGGCUAAAGAAGAACUGGCCAAGAAGUGCAGCAUCACAGUUUCCCAGGGGGUGGGAAGCACCAUCACAGUAUCACAGGUAUCCAACUGGUUCGGCAACAAAAGGAUCCGGUACAAGAAAAAUAUCGGCAAGUUUCAAGAAGAGGCCAACCUGUACGCCGCUAAGACUGCUGUAAAUGCGGCGCACGCUGCAGCCGCUGCAGUGCAGAACAGCCAGGCCAACUCUCCUACCACGCCGAACUCCGGAUUCCAGAUGAAAGAUGAAGAGUUUCAGCUGGAUUCUGCAGAGAGCAAAAACACUCUUUUAACCAACAUGUUUACUGGUUCUUCAGGUUCUUUUAACCUCCCAAACUCUGGGGACAUGUUCUUGAGCAUGCAGAGUCUGAAUGGGGAUUCUUACCAAGGGGCACAAGUCGGAGCCAAUGUACAGUCACAGGUGGAUACCCUGCGCCAUGUUAUCAGUCAGACGGCAGGAUACAAUGAUGCUCUUGGGGGAAACACCAUGUAUAGUCCACACGGUAUAAAUGUGAAUGGGGGAUGGCAAGAUGCAACAACUCCAUCUUCUGUAAUAUCUCCGACAGAAGGACCUGGAAGCGUGCACUCCGAUACCUCGAAUUGAUUUGCUAUUAAUGCAUCUUAGCCUCAAGCUGGACAUGGACUCUUAACCGGCUGACCAACUGCAGAGGAAAUACGUUUUUUUUUCUCUGUACCUUAAAGUUUCCAAAAACACACCAUGUGAAUGCCAUUCUCCGCUUUAAACACCAAGUAUUUCUUGAUUAUUCGGUGUCUUCAUGAAUCUCAACAACUGUAAUUAGCAUAAUUUUUUUGUCGUAGGGGUAAGCACGCACACAAACAAGGCGCAGAACGGAAUCAUUUCAAAACACAGGUAGUUUCCCUCUGAACUUAAAACACGAGCUGACACCAUUAUGUUGCAUUCGUAACGAUUUAAUGACUAAUUUCCAUUUUGAUAAUUGGAUUGUCUUUCCGUUCCUACAGUGCAUAGAUUAAAACAGCUGUUUCUUUGACUGUAAUGUGCUCGCAAUCUUGUCCAGCAACUCAACAAUGCUCCAGUUGACAGCUCAGUGGCAGCUUUGUAGUUACUUUCAAGAUUUAUUUUGCCUUACAGCCGUAUACAUUAGUACAAGGAAAUGACUAUUCAAACUCUGGAGCAGAAGGAAGUGUAAUUGAUUGCUUGACUGCAACAUGACACCACUCCAUAUUUUAUAAUUUGAUGUUUAGUAUGUACAUAUGUAAACAUUUUUUUUGUACUGCUUAUGGAAUCCAACUCCCCUACAGUACAUCAUUUCCCCAUCGCACACAAGAGCAAUCGCCCCCCUAUUACACAUGAAAAGUUGUACAUAAUAAAACAUAAGAGUAAUUAUACAUCCCACUAAUCAAUACACAGCUUUAUUACCUCAUUUAAAUUCAUAAAACGUAUAAUUUUCAACAUUUCCGUAGCUUAGAGUACUCACUUACUACCUCUAAACAAUAUCACCACCAUAAGUUUUUUUUACCUUAUUUAAUGUUUUAUGUAGCUAAUUUGAUUACAUCUUGUAACACUGUAAACUCUUCAUUCUCUAUGUAAUCUAAUGUAUAUUUUAAUCUUUUAAUAAAAUGCGGUUGCUGAAUUGCAACUUAAAAUGAAAAAAAAAAACAAUGAAAAUGUUAACAAUAUUAAUUGUGUGAAAACUGGUGGGGUACGAUGGUUAAAAAAAGGAGGCUGAUGAUAAUGAUGAUGAUAGUGAUGAUGAUGGUGAUGAUGAACAUUGUUGAUAAAUUAACGCCAAACAGUGAAACUGUUGUAAAUACUCAAAAGAAAAAGGAAAAAAAAAAAAAAAAUUUUGAAUGUUGCUCAUCUUGUUACUAAAUCAUGCAAAAAAAAAAAAAAAUCACUAUAAAACUAACGCAUAGAAGUUUCAGUAUUCAGAACUGUAAAUCUCCAGCUCUGUUCAACAGGGUUCCAAACUUCUUUUCUCUUUUUUCUAUUGUAUGUGAUUCUGAAACUGAAAGUCAUGACAAAUGAUUUGUGGCAGUGAUUCUAAUGUAUUAAAGUUGUUUAGUGUUUCUUUCUAACCAGACGACACCCUGGACUGAGAAGUCUUCCUUGUGGUAGUUGUGUAAUUUCAAACAUGAAUAAACCUUUUGCUUUCAUGA